GGCGCACAGACCACCCGAGCUAGGCCGUAUCGAAGCCUGCCGAGGGGUCCCGUCCCUCAAUCGGUCGCAAAAAAUUCCCGUCUGCCGUCCCACUCCAGGCGCGCGAACGGACCCGGAGCCUUGCACAGCGACCCGUCGAAACAGCCUGUGCACCGACCGCGCCGACCGACUGCCAGCCGCGCGACAUCCUUCUUUCACGGUCUCCGGAAUCUUUGGUGUUUUGCGAUCGAGAGUGGAACGGGCGCCCAUCCGACCUCGACAUCUUCUACCCCACGACCCGGUCUCAUCCACACAUCCACCUUCAACUUCGAAGCAUCUCCACGGUCUCGCCCCGGGUCGUCGCAUCUCCAGUCGCAUCCAAAUAAAAAAACCGACAGUAGACCACAAUGGCCGCCCUCACACCCUCCCGUUCCGUCUUCGCUUCGACAUGCAAGACCGUCGCGCAGCAAUGCUCUAGGCGACCUGUCGCUGUCCAACAACUCGCUGCCGUUCCCGUCGCCCGCCAGGUCUCGUCGUCGUCGGCCGUCCAACAAGAACAAGAUGCAUUCGGCAGCUCGCAGCAGCCCAGGCCAAGGUGGUCGUACACCCCCGAGCGCAUGAAGGGCCCCGGUUUCUCCCUCAACCUCGUCAAGGACCCCAGGCGCAAGCAGUGGAUGGUCAACAGCGACCCGGCAAAGUUGGAUGCGUUCUACGAGGCCUUCCUCGGCCAGGGUGGCGCCAGGAUGCUAUCAGAGGAGACCAAGUGGCUGGCCGUCACCCACAAGAGUUUCGACUACGGAAGGAGAGGUUACAACACAAGGCUGGCAUUCCUCGGCCGUCAAAUAAUCGCCCUCGAGACUACCCGCUCGAUCCUCACCAGCCCCGUCCUUAACGAGCCCACCGUCGACAAGUACGGCCGCACGCCCUACAACCACGCCGCCUUGGCCAACAUCGACAAGCUCAUUUACACGCAACCGCUAGACAUUAUGGACAAGACCAAGAUCGCAAGGAUGGGCAUCGACCUCGGCCUGCUCACCGUCAUGCGGUGGAAGCCCAGAAUGCCCGAAGAUCUCGAAUCCUCCGGUGUCGUCGUCGUCCUCAACUCAACCCUCUUCGCCGUCAUUGGCGCCAUCUCGUUAGAAAAGGGUGCCGCUGUCGCCCAGCGCAUCGUCAGAGAGAAGAUCCUCAAGAGGCUCGGAGCGUAAGAUGCGCUCCUCUUGAGAAGGAGAGAAAAGAGGAAGUGAAAGAAGAGAAGCAUCCCUUUAUUGUAUACACCCCUGUACUAUAUCGAUGGGCAUAGAGGCUGGCAUAAUCCCGCAUACCCAUUUCAUGCCUGCGGGCCGGAGUCCAGAAUGAUUAUUGUUUGCAUGCAAG